UCAGCAGAGGAGAAUGAGUCUGGGCGGAGAGAGUUAGCCCACCGCUGGACGUUGUUGUCUCACAUGUCUCACAGCGCCGACAGGCUACAUGUAAAUGCUAGUAUCUGUGUAACAAACACAUUUUGAGUAUAACGACAAAAGUUAAACAGCUAGUUUACGGAAGCUAGUUUAACAUCAGAACCACCCGGGAAUACUUGUGAUGAAAACUCAAUUUCUUUGUGAAAGAGGAAAAGAAAAGAGGGGCACUGUGCAAAAGAGGGACUAGCAACCCAAACCUGGGGAGCCACUGGAGCCCCAGGGUCCUGGAAUGGAGCAACUCGUGGAGUCCCUGGAAAGGAAGCUGCAGAGACCCCUACUGGCAAAGUCACGUACCCUUCCCAGCAUUCCCCAGUCUCCAACGGUUUCAAGAGUCCACCAUUCUGAUCUCAUUGGUGGGAGUCCUCCACGCAGGAAGAACUCCCCUUCUGUUACCAGCCACUCAAAGGCCUGCACUCUGCCACCUGCAGGAGAGCUGUGGCGUUUGGAGGAUGACAUGGAGGGUGACGAUGAGACCGAACAGGGUGGCUGCUCAGAAGUCCGACCUCGCUCCCAGUCACCCUUUUCCCACUUCCGGGCGAGAGCUGCAUACCUUCGCAAGAGCAUGUCAGCAGAUGACCACCUGGACAUGCGCUCAGACUACGGCUCAGGGAAUGCAGUCGAGGGCAAGCCGAGCCGUGGCAAUAAGGGAAAGCUGAAGAGAAAGUUUAGUCUAGGCUCUGCAGACCGAAAGGAGAACCAGCAUAAGAAGUCAGAGUCAGGAAUCUCCAAAUUUACUCAUCGUCUAUCUCUAAAGGAACGUCCAGCGAAAGCAGAGAAGGCUUGUUCAGACAGACCGCCAUCCUACAGGAGACGAUCUCUUAGUGUGGACUGGGCUGACUCUGCCAAUAUGACACAGCCCAUGAGAGGGGACCAGGCCCACCAGCCAACUUCAGCUCGCAAGUCAACCGGCCUGUCCUCGCCAAGCGCAGCUCGACGGUUAUACCGCAAUUUGUCUGGAAAGUUCCGCGUGGGCACCAACCCCCCUGUUCUGGAGGACAGUGUGGUGUCAGGACGGGGAGGAGACAAGGAGAGGCUGCGUAAAACCACCAUAUUCCAGAGUAAUGAAGCUUUGUUUGAGGCAGUGGAGCACCAAGAGUUGGACUUGGUCCAGCUGCUUCUGUCCCAGUACAGUCUGGAAGAGCUGGACCUUAACACUCCAAACAGCGAGGGCCUCCUGCCUCUCGAUAUCGCCAUCAUGACCAAUAACGUGCCCAUGGCCAAGCUUCUGCUGCGAGCUGGUGCCAAGGAGAGUCCCCACUUUGUGAGUUUGGAGGGCCGAGCGGUGCAUUUGGCCACCCUGGUGCAGGAGGCCGAGCAGCGGGUAUUGGAGCUUCAGGCACAAGUGCGGAAUGAGGGUCCUGCUGAACGGGAGGGAUCAGACCAAGAGAGGCAGCUGAAGGCUUGGGAGUGGAGACUGCGACUCUUUCGGCGCAUGCAGACAGGCUUUGAGCAUGCUAACCCUCCAGAUGCUCCCAGUGUGGUUCGCCUGUCCGUCAGCAGCAGCGCCAGUCUACAGGUUGACUUCCAGGAACCUCUGUGUGUCAAUUCAGCUGUGGUUACCAAGUACAAAGUGAGUUGGAGCAGUGCGCCAUCAUUCAGUCCUUUGGUUGGUGAGAUGAUAGUGGAGGAUACAACUCUGCUGCAGUUCAACAUCACUGGACUACAUUCUGGGACAUAUUACUAUGUGCAGGUGUCAGCCUACAACAUGAAGGGUUGGGGGCCUCCAGAAGUUUCCAUCCCAGCCUGUGCUGCACCUUCCAGUUGGAGAGACAUUGAUGGCCGUGCACCACGCCAGAGAGGCCAGAAGGAAGCACUUGACCAGCUACUUGGACAGAUAAAAGAAGCUCAUCGCAACUGUGUCUGCCAUGAGCAGUGCAAAGCCCCAACACAAGGCAGGAAGCACUCGGUAUCCAAAAGCCUGCGACACCUCUUUCAACCCACCAGCAAAUUCGUCAAAAGUUUGAAGAGAGGUCUCUAUCUGACAUCCAUAUUCUACAGAGAUGACAAUGUGUUGGUGACUCCAGAGGAUCAGAUUCCUAUUGUGGAGAUUGAGGAUUCUUACUCCAGCUCACUCAUGCAGGACUUCCUCUGGUUCACUAAGGUGUCAUACUUGUGGGAGGACAUUUCUUGGCUCCAGCAGUGCCUCAGCCCCUCCCAGUCAUCUUGUUCAUGUACUCUGCAGACUCGUCUCAAGAUGCUGCAGGCUGUUUCCCAGCUACAGGGAAUUCUGGGAACCCAGGACCUUGGCCAGGUAUAUUUUGAGCCAAUAAAAGACAAGCAUGGUAAUGCCCUGCUGGUGCUCCUGAAGGACAUGAGCACCUGUCCCAACCUGGAUGGGGUACGGUGGACACAGCUUUGUAAACUGCAGCUCCAGCGCAAGUCCAUAUCGUCCCCUGAGGAGCCCACUGCGUUGGACAUGCUCCUCAUCACACUCCACGAGAAACUGGCAUAUCACAGACGUAGCAGGAAGCUUUUAUCUCCAGGCUUAUAUCUGGGCUACCUAAAGCUGUGUACUUCAGUGGAGCAGAUAAGAGCGCUGGUACCCCAGAAACUCCCCAAUGUCCUCUGUCACACCAAAAUUCGGGACAACAGUAACGUGUCCAGGGAGGAGUGGCAGUGGCUGCAGGCCCUCAGCUCCCUGGAGGAGUCUUUGGAAAUGGACCAUGACGUGCAGAGUGCUCCCCAUCGCCUCCUACAUGACCUGCGCUGUGCCAUCAAGGACCUGAUGGCGCACAUCAACGUCCCUGGCAAUCAGGCGCAGGAUUUCCGUAUAUACAGCCAGGAAGUGUUGGAGUUUGGGGAGAAAGUAUCCUUCUUGCUCCUCCUACCUCCUUCAGAUGAAGUCUGCACAGCUCCUGGUCAGAACAACCCGUAUUCCCCCCGCUCUGGCUUCCUCACCCUGCCCCUGCAGAUCUUCGAACUGGUGCACUUUAACGCCUAUUGCCCCAGUUUCAUCGGCCAGUACUGUAGAGUUUCGGCUUUGCUGGAGCUGGAAUCCCUCAUGUCUCAGCAGGCACUGAGAGAGGCCUUUUCUGAAGGAGAGCUCCUCGAUGCUAAGAAGAAACACCAACAGGUUCAGGAACACAUGCAGCAAAUGGAGGAGGUGUGGCGGGAUGCAAGGUGGAUUAUGGAUGCCCUGCAGUAUGCCCGCUACAAGCAGCCAACAGGAGGAAUCUCCAUAAGCUGGAUAAUUGACUUCUCCAAGGAGGUGAUGCCAGACAAACCUCCCUCCACCUCCUCUCAGCCAGACUUCAUGCCCUCUCCCAUGCCUUCACCAGAACCCUGCCGCAAAAACUCAGAUUUUCCUGGUCUAUCAGAUGAGGAGGGUUCCUCUGAAGUCUUCCUCACCACCGACAGUGACUAUGACUCAAGUCGGGCACAAAGUCCCCGUGAGCUGGACCUGUUACCCCCCUCACCUCUUUCCUCCACUGCACCCUUGGAGCCCCGUAGUUUCCUGCGUAGUGAUGGGAGCGGCCCUGGAGGAGGAAUAUGUCUCAGUGGAGGUGGACGUGGAGCUCUGCGGGAUUCUACGCCAGACGUCCUCCAGGCCUCCGAGCCGCAGCUGAGCAGGGAGGGCGAUAGGUGUGGAGGUGGGGGAGGGGUUCGGUGUGGAGGAGAAAGACGAAGGGGAGCCCCAGAGCUGUUUGACAGUGACUUCAUCCUCCCUAGUAGGCAGAUCGAACUAUUGCACAUCACAGAGAAGAGACAGGCUUUCUGUGUGAGAACCAGCAGUCUGGAGUUCCCCUCCACCAAGUCAUCCCACCACCAGCCUUACUCCUACCACACCACUUGCUCAUCCCCCUCCACUUCACCCCAGCAAAGAUGGCACAGGCCCUCUUCAGUGGACCGCUGCUGUUCUAGUGAGCGCUGCCAACCCCAGCUUCCACCAGCACGCACGUUAUCAGAGGACAGCGGCACCCAGAGACUCUCCUCACCAUCAUCCGCUGUGUUCAGGAAAGGCUGUCAUGCCACGCUCACAGUGUACCCACAGUAUCGCACAGGCCUGCCAAAAGAGACCAGCGUUAAGCUUUGUGUAACUCCAGGCACAACAGCGCGGGAGAUGGUCCAACUGGUGGUGCAGGAGAUGAAUGUUGUGUCGCGGCGCAUGCUGGGUAGCAGCAGAAAUGGUGAUGAACAGGAGCGAUGUGUAUACUACAGUCCUGAGCAGGUCAAGCACUUUGGCCUUGUACUAGUUGUGGACAACAGAGAAAAGUGGUUACAGGACGACUUCUGUCCCCUAGAACUCCAAAACCCCUGGCUGAGGGGAAAACUCUGCGUUCGCAUUAAGGAGUAUUCACCACUAGCGCUCAAAUACAGCCGAGCCACCACAGUGUGACAUUUCUGAGAGUGGAAAGGAGAUGCUUUAGACUCUUUGGAUGAAUGUGUGCAGAGAUUAAGGAGCGCAGUUUUGUUUUGCCAUUGUGGUGAUUUUGUCCUCGGCUGCAGCUAUAACAUAUUUCUAUAUUUACUGAUGAGUUUUUUUUUUUUUUUGUGAGAUCCUCCGAGAAUCUGUUUCCAUGAAAUGUGUUCUCCAAUACGUUGAAUCCUUUUUUAUGAAUGUUACCCCCCCAUAUGGACACCAAAUGAGCAACAACAAAGUAGAACAAAAGAGAAAACUUCUUUUUGCACUGUCAGACAUGAUUUAGCAAAAGAUAAUGAUACUACGCAAGGUUAACAGAGCUUCUCUCUGACUUUUUUUGCGAUUGACGUCAGGUUGUGUUGCCAAAAUGACUUGGGCAACACCACCAUCUUUCCAAACCACACACAGAAAGGGCUUUUCUAAUGAGCUCCCUUAGGGUGUCACCCCCAAAGAGCUAUCAGAUUCUGCCAGUUAGUCCCCAUGUUUCCAGGAAUUGGGCUCUGGACUUUGCCCAGAAGACAGAAAGGUGAGAGAAGCACAGAGGUGACUAGUGUCCCCACUUGGGGAUACAAUUGACCUGACAAUUCGGCCCUAAAGCCCGUCACUCAGCUGCUUUUGGCCACUAUGCUGUCUGGUACCAAGCAGUUAAGCAAGGAAGAGAAAGCAUUGGCAUGAAUUCUGUGGUGCUUUUUUGCAGCAACAAGUUCUCUGUAUAGUAGACUCAGUCGUAGCAUAGCUGACUAACAUGAUCAUGUCAUGCAGCUACGAGCAGCUAAUUUGGGUUUUCAGAACAGAGAAGAAACAAGCAAUACUUUCUACUUUCUGUUUUGUUUUUUUUUUAAUUGAUGGGAAAAGCAUGUAAACCUUCCAGAAUUGUGCUGAGUACAUUUAAAGUACUAUAGUCAUAUUGUGCAAAAAGUUAACCAGUUAAGUGUUUUUGUUGUGAUUUGUUCAGUAACACUCCCUACAUGCUUUAGAAGAUUGUGCCCUUCAGAUUUGUGCAGUUUCCCCAAACUGAUCCUAAUGUAAAAGGCAUGUGUGAAGUUGUUAAGAGGUUUGGCAUUUCUAAGCAAAUCGCACUUAAAGACAUAUCUCCAGCUCCCUCUUAAACAGCUCCAAAGUAAUGUGUAUGGACUUCUGAGAAGUUACUGAGUCCAGAGGGGCUGGAAUAUCUGUUUUUAUGUAAAUCCAGCAACCAGAAAAGUGAUGUUUAUGUGACAAAGUCAAAGGCACAAGGUUUUUUUUUUU